UCUGAUUCCCCGGGACUUAAGAUGACCUGUUUAUCAAAAUCACAACGCUCAAAUGUUGAAAAAAAGCCGGAUUAAUCUUUAAAGAAAAAGGUACCCGGCAAACUUCAAUCGAGCGUGUGUGUGUAAAACACUACAUGUUUUAAGAAAGACACACAAGACAGGACCUUGUCUCAAGAUGAUUGUAAAGGAAGUUCUGUUGUUCCUGCUAAUAUCAGGGGUACCAAAGGUCCAUAGUGCAAAUUAUGACAGAGAUCGUGAUUGCCCAGCUAAAGGUGUAUCUCACCCAUGCUCGUGCACACCAGUGGCAAUAGAUUGUAUAAACCGUGCCAUCGUAGGUAUACCACCUGCGUUUACGAAGACGAAUUGGGUGUUUGAGAAGGUAGAUUUGAGUCAAAAUCUCCUGACAAGAAUACCUGCUCGCGCUUUUCAAUACGUCAAUGUUUCAAAAAUAAUAUUGUCUAACAACAACAUAUCAUCAAUCGAACCAGAUGCCUUUCAACCUCUCCAGGAUCAGAUUAAGGUUUUAGAUCUUAGGAACAACAAACUGACUUUCUUGCCUGAAGUACUUGGAAAACUGCAUUCCCUAAAUGUCCUAGAUGUCAGUUACAAUCCUAUACAGUACAUGAACUUCACUGAUAAUGUGAUGCGGGAACUUGGGGACUUUAUCAAUGAAUUUCAUUUUGGUGACGAUAACCUCAAAGGAUGGCCUGAAUCUAUCCAUCAUCUACAGAUGCUAAGAAUUCUGAAAUUUUACGGGGGAAGUAAUGAAAUGGAUCGAAUUCCCAUUACGGCUUUCAAGGGAUUUGAAUGGACCCUAGAAAAGCUUUGGAUGCAGAAUACACAGUUAAUUGCUGUCCCAAUUGCACUGCAGGAUCUCAAGAGUACAAAUGAGCUUCAUUUCGACAACAAUGUCCACGUUGGUGAUGCUGGUAUUCUUAUCCCUGCUUUUGCCGGAUUAACCGAUAAACUAGAGGUCAUGUCCCUUGAAAAUAACAGCCUGACAACGUUUCCGUCCGUUCUGUUGACUCUCAGACAGCUUCACAACCUUAGCCUUGCAAGAAAUAACCUUCAAUUUGUCAGUGACCAAGCUGUAAGUGUAGUUGGUAGUAAUCUUACAACCGUCAACUUACAGGCAUGUGGUCUUGAUCGUAUCCCAGGAGCCUUGUCUAAACUAGAAGGAAUAAUUGAUUUGGACUUUUCAAACAACAAAAUAACAACUAUUGAGAAGAAUGACCUGCAGCGCAUGGUCAAUUUACAGCGACUCGACAUGUCAGAAAACCCCUUGCAGUACAUUUCAAGAAGUACAUUUUACGAUUUGAAGAGACUGCAAAACUUAACCCUACAGGAAACAGAGCUGUAUUUGGUGCCAUAUGCCAUCACUAACAUCCCGACACUCAAAACGCUCGAUCUCACCAGCAGCGACACCUAUAUUGAAUGCAACUGCGAUCUGAAUUGGCUGUAUUGCUACACCACUCACAACAAUACCGGCCUAACCAUUAUAGGCGAUUGUGAAACCAUUCAGAUGGGAAUCGACCGAUACGCAAGAACGCGAAUUCCAAGCGUGUGUCCGAAAAUUUGUUAAUUGAAACCAGUUACUUUUUCACCCAAAGACGCAAUCGCUUUUCAAAAUCUAAAUAUAAUUUUUAAAUGCUAUUAUAGAAAAAAAAUAAAAGAAAAAUAAAAAAAUCCUAUUGU